GUUCCUCCUUCCAAUCCACUUACGUCAGUAACUGCUGUUUGAAAUAUUCAAACCAGCUCCGCUUUUACCGAGAAGUCACAUUGCAAGAGAGAGAGAGAGGCUGUAGCAUCAGGGAAUGAGCGGUAGAGACAAUGUGGGUUCACUCAUUCACAUUGUUAUUACUGCGUUUUCACAUCACUGAAGGUACUCGGCUACACUGUGACGUGGGUCAGUUUCAAUGCAGAAAUGACCGGUGUAUCUCCUUACUCUGGCACUGCGAUGGAGAGGACGACUGUACCGACAACAGCGAUGAGGAAAACUGCCCCAAGAAAACCUGUGCAGCAACUGAAUUUACCUGUGACAAUGGUGACUGCAUCAUGGAGAACUGGCGCUGUGACGGAGAAGAAGAAUGUGCUGAUGGCUCCGAUGAAGCAGCUACAUUGUGCAAUAAAUUUACAUGUCCACCUGACAAAUUUGGCUGUGACAGUAACAGAUGCCUCCCAGUGUCGUGGCAGUGCGAUGGUGAGAAGGACUGUGAAAGUGGAAUCGACGAGUUGAAUUGUACAGAUGAUCAGAAGACCUGCCCAAACAAUGAAUUCCAAUGUGGCAAUGAUAAAUGCAUUGCCAUGACGUUUGUGUGUGAUGGUGAUGACGACUGUGGGGAUGGCACAGAGGAGCAGCACUGUCUUCCGUCUACCUGUGGACCCCAUGAGUUCCAAUGCAACAACUCCAUGUGCAUCCCCUUGCUGUGGGCCUGUGACAAUGACCCUGACUGCCCCGACAGAUCGGAUGAGAGUGUGGAGAGAUGUGGCCACAAGGUAGUGCCUGCAAAUGCCUGCUCAGCAAAUGAAUUUCAAUGCAACAACGGCGAGUGCAUCCACCUGAACUGGAAAUGUGAUGGAGGCAUAGACUGCAAAGACAAAUCGGACGAAACUGGCUGCCCAAUGAUAACUUGCCAACCUGAUCAGUUCCAGUGCAGUGAUGGGAGCUGCAUCCACGGAUCGAAACAGUGUAACCAAAUCUUUGACUGUCUGGAUCGAAUUGAUGAGCUAGACUGCCUGAAUGUGACCCCAUGCAAAGGGCUGCAGAAAUUUCUGUGCAAGAGUGGAGAAUGUAUCGAUAUGGACAAAGUAUGUGACUCACAUAGGGACUGCUUGGACUGGUCAGACGAACCACUCAAAGAAUGUGGUUUAAAUGAGUGCCUGACCAACAAUGGUGGCUGCUCCCAUACAUGUAGAGACUUGAAGGUUGGAUAUGAAUGUGAAUGCCCAGCUGGCUACAAACUGCUGGACACAAAGACGUGCGGAGAUAUAAAUGAAUGUGAGGAUCUGGACCGAUGCAGUCAGGUCUGCACCAAUAUUAAAGGAGGGUACAAGUGCAAUUGCUUCCAAGGUUAUGAGAUGGAUCCAAUGACUGAAACUUGCAAAGCAGUGGGUACAAGUCCCGCAGUGGUCUUCACCAAUAGCCAUGAGAUUAGAAUGAUUAAUUUGAUGAAGAAGGAGUAUACACGUCUUGUACCUGCAUUAAAGAAUGUGGUGGCUCUGGAUGUUGAUGUUGAAGCUGAAAAGAUAUAUUGGAUUGAUCUGUACUACAAAGAGAUAUAUAGUGCCCCUUUGGAUAAAGCCAGUGAUCCAAGCCAGCAUGUACAUCUGAUCAAGUAUGAUCUCCACACUCCUGAGGGCCUAGCAGUAGACUGGGUUCACAAAAAUAUAUACUGGACAGAUUCUGGUACCAGGUCAAUCUCCGUGGCAACUGCAGAUGGAACCAAAAGAAAGACCCUCAUCAAUACUCAGCUCGACAAACCCAGAGCUAUCUCAGUUGAUCCAAUUCGAGGGUUCAUGUAUUGGUCGGACUGGGGUAACCCUGCAAAGAUUGAGAAAGCUGGGCUGAAUGGAGUCGACCGUCAGACACUCAUCGCAGACAACAUUGAAUGGCCAAAUGGAAUCACUUUAGAUUUACUGAACCAGCGUCUGUACUGGGUUGACUCCAAACUGCAUGAGCUGUCUAGCAUUGACCUGAAUGGUGAGAACAGGAAACGAUUAUUAUUCUCAGAAGAAUAUCUGGGGCAUCCUUCUGCUCUCACAGUUUUUGAGGACAAGAUUUAUUGGACUGAUAUUAAUCAUGAAACUAUUUACUGUGCAAACCGACUGACUGGAAAAGAUGUGAUAUCGCUUGCGAAUAACCUGUACAAUCUACACGACAUUAUCAUUCUCCAUGAAUUAAAACAGCCGAAAGUUACUAGCUUCUGUGCAGAUGGUGCUGCACCAAAUGGAGGAUGUCAGUACCUGUGCUUGUCAGCUCCCCAGAUCAACAUCCAUUCUCCAAAAUACACAUGUGCUUGUCCUGACAACAUGAAACUUGGGCAGGAUAUGAGAAAAUGUUAUAAAACUGAAAAGCUUCCAACUGUUCCCUCAGUUAGCAGUGGCAAACCAACUGCAAGGCCUGGCACAGCUUCCUUUAGUACAGAGGUUCCUGCAAAUAUAACCAACAAAGCUGGUGCGACAAUUCUAUUCAGCAUCACCACGGGAGAUCCACAACAGCUCUUCCCUGGCAGCACUGACGCAGACAAUUUAAUCCACGAGAACAGUUCCUCAUCAUCUUCUGAUGACGGCAAGAAGUUGAGUUCGACUCAUGCCAUUGUGGGAAUUGUUAUCCCAAUAGUCAUCAUUUGUUUGGUCUGCCUGGGAGGCUUCUUGAUCUGGAGGAACUGGAGAAAGAAAAACACAAAGAGUAUGAACUUUGAUAACCCAGUCUACAGGAAAACUACAGAAGAAGAGGAAGUGGAGGAAACACACAUUGGGAGAAAUGGGCAGAUUGGCCAUGUUUAUCCUGCACGAGUUGCACUCAGUAUGGAGGAUGACGGAUUACCCUGAGGCGUGCUGUGCUGCUCGCAUUCACUCGACCUGCAGACUCCCCAUGUGAACAGUGCAGCAGCUGGGAUGAUCAAGCCUGGAUAUACAAUCACCUAAUGGGAAAAUUUCUAACAUCCAAAAGAUGCAUAUUUUUAUAUUAGCCAAGCAUUUUACACUUUAUAGAGAAACAAAAAUUAAUUGGAUGUUUUCUUGCCCUGAUGGUACACUGUACUCAUUCUUGGAAAACUCAAAUUCAGAUUCUUUAUGUUUGUACAUAGUUGCAGUGUCACACCUGUAAACAUAGCCUCUUCAAAGCUAUAUUUAUAAAAUUUGUAAAUAAACUUACCCAAGUGUGCCACAGCCUAACAUUUUACAGAAAACUACUGGGGUAUUUAAAAAAUGGUAUUUAUUUAUCGAUCUGUUUCCUGGAUAAACUUGGGUUAUGUAGAUAUGAAGUGGAAGUAGGAAAUAUUUUCAAGUUGAUGCAUUUGCAUUUUCUGUACAGUAAAACCUUAUUUGCAUAUAUGUUUAUAUGAGAGAACGUAUUUAUAAAAUUGGGAAAUAUUGAGGAAAAUGCACAUUUCUGCUGGCAUUUGCUUUUCAUGUCUAACAUAUGUAAAGCCUACUGUUUGUAAGUGGGUUCUGAUUCUCUCUCCUGUUUUUGACCUCGACAUUAGUUAUUGUUUCCUUUCAAAAAAUCAGCAUUCUUGUUCUUAUGUUAUAGUCUAAACUUCUUUUCAAUUUUACAAAUGGCAUUUUUUUAAAAAAAAAGUUAACUGGUGGGCGGGCCAGUUGAGGAACAAUGACAUGCAUUAAGCCCACUGAGCUGAAAGGGCCCUUUAUCUGGAAACAAUAAUCUUGGCUUUGAGCCCCUGCAUUGUGAGACAGGGAACAAAUCAACUCUUAUUUCUCCACUUGAUUGUACUGAGGAACAAAUAAUGGAAACAUGCCAAGCAAGAGCAGAAUCUGUCUGCUGAAAUGGCUGCCAAUUUUAGGCUGACGCAUUGAGGAAUGGUGGCUUGCACAAGGUGCCAGUGAAGCAUUCCUCAGCAUCUUCAAGGAGAUGGGGCACCUUGGAGGAAAGGAAUAAUUUUUUAAAAAACUGCUGAGAUUCAGUGUGGUGUAAAAUGUACAUAUUAGAUCUGCAGUAUAGAUCAAGUGAAAAAUCUGACUUUUGAGCACCAGGAGGAUUGAUUUCCAUAAAAUAGCCAAAGGUUUUGUAAUAAAGUACACUAAAAAUGUUACUACUUUUUCAUUUUUAAACCUAAUUAAAUAUUUUUCUGUGAAAUAGUCUGGAGGUUUCUCAAAUACCUGGUAACCCUGUAUACUUGCCUGUUUUAAUUUAUUUAAUUUUUGUCAAUUAUUGGGGCUGUUGACUGUGUUUAAUUCAUUUUUAUCAGGGUAUAUUGGACUGGGGGUAUCUUUGGUUUGUGUUUGUAUAAAAUUUGAAAUUCGCAAAGAACAUUUCAAAAAGUUAAAGUAGUAAUCUGAAAUGAGACUAUAUAGCUUUUUGUGGCUACAGUCAAUUUGCAAAGUAUUGCAAUUACUUGUUUCAACAGAUCUUGAAACCUUUUUUGAGAUGGGAAAAGAAGUAACGUUUCAGGUUCAUAACCCUUUAUAGGUGAGAGUAUGCCUGUCUGUCUCUCCGUCUCUCUCUUUCUCUACCAUAUCCAGUGUUCAUUUCCAGCAUUUUCUGCUUUGAUUUCAGAUUUCCAGCAUCGUGCCACCACCACCAUCAUCGCCAACACUAUCAUCACCUCCCACCCCUAUGAGCUCAGGUGCAUGAUAUGGACCCCUCUCACCACUAGUUAAAUUCCACUGGGAGCAGGAUCAGACACUUAGUUGUCCAUUAAUUGUCUAUUUAAAGGUUUUAGUUAACUCCGAGGUAGGCUUCAUGAUGACUACCCUGCCACAGAUAAUAUGGUGACAGAGCAAUUGGACAGCAUGCCUGCUGCCCAUGGCAUUUUAUGGGCCCCUGCCUAUUAAUUCACUGUUGGUGGGCCAUUAAAUGCAAUCCAAUGUUGACAAUAUUCCCAAGUUAUUAUUUCUACUUUACAUCCAUAUUUAUGUAAUGACAUCAGGUUCUUUUUAGGUGAAGCUCACAGGAAGGCUUGUCUCUGGGUGACUUGACCUGAUUUGUGGUUCCUGAAGAGAGAUAUUAAUGUUGCUGAAUGGUUAUAGGAACUCAGGUUUCCCUCCACAAUUGUCACACACCUUAUCGGAACUGGAUAUUUUAAAAUUUAACUGGUUACACAGUGUAACUUGUGUUUCUAAGCCAGACAGUGUGAUUUCAGUCACCCCUUUCUGAGUUUGGAUAUACAGCUACAGCCAUACCAUUAUUAUAGCCUGACCAGUUGUAUCUCAACCAACUGACUGGCAUUGCUUGGAGUCCACAACAAGAGGCAUGUUCAAGGCUGCUUGCACCAAUCUAAUAUGUACCUAUUCCCUUUCAACAGACUUUGAAACCAGAAGCAGAAACUAAGAAUUUUAGUUUGAGCACCAGUUCAUUUCAUACUUUCAGAAAUACAGAGAUUUCCCACAAGUCAGCAUGACAAGUGCCUGUUGGUUGAAAUUAUUGCCUUAUAUACGUAUUCACCUUAAUGUCCAACUGCAGAUUGAUCGUCCCUACUGAAGGUUCAUUUCAGAGUAUACUGCAUUGACUUUACACACUUUAGAAUACGCUUUAAGUGGUUGAAGGUGCUGUAAAAAUGCAUGUCUUCUCCUUACUGGUGGUACUGAAGGAUUUCCACCAGGGAUGUUGACAUCCCUUCUCAUUCAGAUACUUCUGGAUUUCAGCAUUUUCAGAUUUAUAGCUAAAUGAAUUGAUCAUUUGGCUAAUUUCCAAUACUACAGCAGUGACUUCACUUCAAAAGCAAUUCACUCUGUAAAGUGCUUUGAGAUGUCUGGUGGUCUCAAAGUGCUUCAUAAAUGCCACUCAGUCUUAACUAUUUUUUUCUUAAUUUCACUGAUUCCUGUCAAACUUCAUUUUGAUUACUCCUUCACACUUUUUCACUUAAUCAUUUGUCAUGAUCUUGUUUCCGAUUUGCAAUAUAAUUCAACUCCAUAAAUUGGGAUUUGUAAAUACUUUGUACACCACUUAAUUGUUAAUUAAGUCAGAUCAAACAAUGAGAGAUCAGUUUCACUUGAAUUAUUAAAAUGCCAAGCUGAUGCGUGCAUGUGAUAGUAGAAAUGACAUUCUUAUUGCUUAGAUCAAAAUCUGUUUCUUCACUGUGCAUGUUUACUAUAUUCAUCAAUGAAAUGUUGAAAUUCAUUGGUGCACAAUAUUCAUGGAGGGACUGUCUUUGCUGCAAAUAUAUUGAUUGAACUCCCAAAGAUUAAUUGUACUUCAAGGAAAACGCACCCAUUGAUAGAUGACUGUCUAGAAUUUAUUCUUUUUAGCUGGUCUCUUUGAAACUGGAGAUGAGAACCAUCUCCCGGUUAGAUGUCUUCUGGGAGCUACCUUAAAAAUAGCAUUGGUGAAGGGUAGAAGUAAACUUGCCACUCACCUGUUUGACUGAAGUUGUUGGGUAGCUCAGAAGUGUGAGACAAUAGAAAGAUUUCAUAUCCUGCCAGGAGAAAUCUAAUGAAUAUCCGUAAAAUAAGAAAACACUCAGCAAGGUCAGAGAGCCUGUUUAAUCACAAGACUUUUGUGCAAGAUCAGUAAAUAAAGCUCAUCAAAUACAAGUUACCAAUACACUUGCAUCAUUGAGAUGAAUUCCAAUAAUCACUUCUUUAUUAAUAAUCACAACUUUAUUUCUCUGGUUGCUAUGAAGAUAUAUCCACUAAUCUCUGUUGUUGGUAUCUUUGAAUUCUGAGACAAUGGGAUGCCAUGGUUUCCAGAUGGUCACAUAAGUAACUUUAUUGUUUUGUUUUCCUUUACUUUUGAUUUCCUUUUGCUCCACAAAGGAUAACCUGUAUAAGGAAUUCACAUUUUAGAGAUCUAUUUACGUUUGCAAUCAAUUUUUGGUUUUGUUUUGCUAACAGAACCCUUUAUUAUUUUUGCAAAGAACACGGCUGAUUUGUAAUGGUCAGAGAUUUGGCCUGCUGUAGGAAAAGCACCUGUUUAAGAAAGGUGUUUUAAAUAUCCUGUUGAACAAUUAAUGCUAAGAAUUAUGAGAAGCUCAUGCGGUACUCUGAAACAGAAAAACUCCUCCAACUAGCCGGUUAAUAACUGAUCAGCAAAUCUAUAUUGUCAGAGAUUAUCUCUAGGAUUAUGUGAGGGUUAACCGUCUGAAAAAAGAGUGAACUAUUUCAUAUUUGUUCAUGGGAUGUAGGUGUUGCCGGAAAAGCCAGCUUUUAUUGUUGAUCCAUAAUUGUCCUUAAGAUUGUGCUGGUGAGCUGCCUUUUUGGAUCACUGCAAUCCGUAUGAUGUGUGUGUUAGGAAAGGAGUUCUAGGAUUAUGAACCAACAAUAGUCAAAGUACAGCAAUUCUAUUUAAAAUCACGGUGUCCGAUGAUGUAGUGAGGAACUUGCAAGUGUUGGUAGUUGUCAUUUGCACCUACUAUGUUUGUUCUUCCAAGUCAGAGAGAUUACUGUUUUUUGUGUCUGCUCCUGGAGAAGGCUUGGUGAUUUGCUAUAGUGUGUCUUGUGGAUGGUGCAUACUCAGUGGGGAAGGGAAUGAAUGUUUAAGGUUUUGAAUAGAGUAUCAAUCAAGCAGGCUGCUUUGAUCUGGAUGACAUUGAGCUUCUUGAGUGUCGACAUUGCAUUCACCCUGGUAGGUGCAGUAUAUUCCAUCCUACUCCUGAUUUGUAUCUUGAAGCUAGUGGGCAGGCUUUGAAGAGUCAAAUGGUAAGUUCUUUGCUGCACAAUACCCAGUCUCUGACCUACUGUUUUAGCCAUGGUAUUUGUGUUUAGUCUGUUUAAGUUUCUGGCAAAGGAUGACCCUCAGGAUGUUAAUGUUAUCGCAUUGAGAAAUGGUAAUGCCAUUGAAUGCUAAGAGGAGGUGAUUAGAAUGUUUUGUUCAAUACUGCUAUUGUUUGGUACUUUUGUGACAAGAAUACUAUUUGACAGCUCUAGCCUGACUGUUGUCCAACCUCUACAACAUCUGGAUAUGGACUAUUUCAGUAUGUUAGAGUUGUGAAUGGAGCUAAGUGUGAUGCACACAUCCUCAUUGCUGAUCUUAAGAAGAUGAAGGAGGGAAGGCCAUUAAUGAAGCAGUGGGAGAUGCUUGGUAGAGACUACAGCCCUGUGAAUCUCCCACAGCCCUGUGAAUCUCCCACAGCCCUGUGAAACUUGUACAGAAUUGGGAUUUCAGUGAUUGGCCUCCAAUGACCACACCCAUUCUUAGUUUGUGCUUCAUAAUACCCUGACCAAUGGAGAGUUUCCUCCUUGCGUCGCUGUCUUCAGUUUUGCUAGGUCUUUUGACACAUUUGUGAAAUGCUGUCUUGCUGCACAGUUAGCUGCCUUUAGUUAGGCUGCAACAAUUUACUGUUUUGACCCGAGAUUCACUCCAGUUAAUUCUCUAAAACAAUAUAUAACAUAUCAGCACUGGAGGGGAGGACACUACAAAGGAAAAUCCCACCUUCCUCUUGCAGGCUGCUUACUUUCCAUUGUUAAUGUUCAAUUGUGGACAGCUCGGUCAAGACCAUCACACUUCAUUAUGAAAUGACCUGUUCACUUACUGUUUUCUGAGUUCUUGAAAUCUUUGCUCUAGAUUGUUCUUGCUCCAUGUUUCUGAGGCGAUGACAACCAAACCUUUUGCUUGUACAACUUGUGACAGACGCACUAGCCAAGCUGGCAGAUAAAGAAAGCAGCUUUUUAAAUAAUAUAUAACCAGCAAUCAAUCAGUUCCAUGCAUUGUAGCAACAUCUUCCACUUGCUCUGUGUAACAGCAGCAGGUUAUUAUUCACUGGAAAAAUGAAAUUCAUAUUUAGUAACAAGAAAUCUAUUUUGAUUUUGCAAAUAUUACAUACAUAUUUUAAAGUCCAAAAUAACUGGAAAUUUUGAAGCUAAAUUAUCUAUUAAAAGUCAUGGGUGAUACUUUGCCCAUCUCUUCCAAAAUCUCAAAUAAAGCCUUCCUUGCCUUUUUUUAUUUAUGGGUAUCUCUACAGUCAUCACUGUGACACCUUUGUCUGCCUCUAGUUAAAAUACGCUGGUCUCUCCCUCAAUCCUCACUGUGUUAAAACUGAUAUUGAUAAGAUUUUCUAUUGUAGCUCACUGUUUACCAAAGCUUCAAACUACAAAAGUCUUCCUUCACUCAUUUCUGACUUUGCAACUGACAGGCUUAUAAAAUGUAACCCUAGCCUUACCUGGCUGCCGCUUAAUUUAUUUCCUCUUUCUUUUCAGUUUUGUUUUCUCUCUAAAUGGUAUCAGUCUCCAUCUAAACUUGCCAAAAUGAAAAAUAAGAAUACUCUGAACACCUUCAAAAUUUAAAGGGAGUUAUCUUUGCGAAAAAGUGUUUGGCAAACAUUUAUUCAUGUGUUCUUAAUGAGAAGUUAAAUCGUACUGGAAUGCCUCUCUGUGUCAUGUGUGCAUAUCGGAAUUAUAUUAAAAGAUAAUCAAUUACUUCUCUAGUCCCCUAACACUGCAACUCCUCAAAGAAAAGGUUGGGCAAGCACUUUUCACAAAGGAGUAAUAAAAGCAUGAAUCAUGCUUUCGUGAGGAUACAUUAAAAUCUGAGCACAGAAAUAAGCCAUUUGGUCCAAUUGUUUUGUGCUGGUUACCUCAUCUCACCUAUCAAUAUAUCCUUCUGUUUCUUUCUCCAUUAUAAUUUUAUCUCCAUAAUCUGCAAAUGUGUCAAUACUAUUAAUGUCAAUUAUUCCGUUGUUAAUCCCACAUGUUUACCACUUCAAAUAAAGAAGAUUCUUCAUUUGGA